AUGGCGGCAGGAUAAAACAUAACAUGAUUAACAUGAUUUCUCAUCGAUGUGACCGCUAAAGAGGCUUAGAAAACAAACGACUCUUAUAAAUCAAACAGCUUUGUCACUCUUAACAAAUGAAUUUAUGGUGUCAUCCAGGACGGAUAGUGGCGCUGUUGGAGAUCAACAGGAACUAUUUACAUAUCACGUGACUCCUCCAUCAAGAGUCCGCCUCCUCGCAGUCGCAGAUUGUGGAAAAUCACAGUUAGCGGUUCAUUUUUGGAGAUAUAAUUAAUCGCAACACAGUCGAAACAAUGCCGAUGUUUGUUGUGAACACGAACGUAGCUAAAUGUGAGGUACCGGCUACUCUGCUAACCGAAGCUACCGAUCAGCUAGCUAAAGCUAUGGGCAAACCAGCACAGUACAUUGCCGUGCACAUCAACCCGGAUCAAAUGAUGAUGUUUGGAGGAAAAGGGGACCCCUGUGCUCUGUGUUCCAUCCACAGCAUUGGAAAGAUCAGCCCCUCUGACAACAAGCAGUACUCUAAACUGCUGUGUGGGUUGCUCAACAAACACCUGGGAAUAUCUCCUGACAGGAUUUAUAUCAAUUUUUUCAACAUGGAUGCCAGCAAUGUGGCGUGGAACAACUCUACCUUUGGUUGAGACGCAAGUCCUCGGCUAAAACAUCAUUCCAGCUAUAUUGAAGAGUCACAAUAAAAUGGCACCAAGCCACCAACCUUAUAGCAGCUUGUCGAGUCACAUCAUGAUCACACUUAAGGCUCUUAGAAGUUUGUUGACUGUAACGAUGCACUGAUCCUUUCCCAUUGCAAUAAAGCUAACUUUAUAAUCCAAA